AUGCUGUCUCAUCAUAUUUUGUAUCUUUUUUUAUCAAUUGUAUAUUUCACAAAUUGUCAAUCAAUAAUACGUAUUGGAAUUAUCGAUGAUAAUGUUAAUCCUAAAGAAUUUGUUAAUAUAAAAAUACCGAAUAAAAAUUUUUGUGGACGAAAAGAUUUAAAUUUACAAUUAUAUUGGAUAAAUACAUCAAAUUCAUUAUCUUAUCUUAUAAAUAAACUUGAAUUUGAACAAAAUUUUACAAAUAUUUAUAUAACACGUACAGCAAAAUUUUCUACACAAUUAAUUCAAGAUUUUUGUGAAAUUAAUCAGAUUCCAUUUAUUAAUAUGAAAGCACAUGGAAGUAAAACAAUGUUAUGUUCAUUAACGAAAUCAUUUACUCAAGAUUAUUAUUUUAUGCCUAAUAUUCUUCAAGUAUUAUUUAAUUAUUUAAAAUUUAAUCUUGUACAUAAAGCUGCAUAUAUCUAUGAUCAUGACGAAUCAACACAUAGAAUUUAUGAAUUACUUAGAUUAAUGAAUAGUGAUGAAUAUUUUAAUGAUUUUAGACUUGAUAUUCGUACAACACGUUAUGAAGAUAUUUAUUCACUUUUAUAUAGUAUUGAAUCACAUUCUUUACAUAAAGAUCAAUUACCAAGUUAUAUUUUACUUGAUCUGUAUUCUUAUGAUAAUUAUGAAAUAAUGUUUGAUAAAAUUUCACAUAUGGGACUUACAAGUAAUUCUUAUCAAUAUAUAAUUGUAUCAACAUUUGAUGCUUGUCUAUGGAUGAAUAAACUUAAUUUUACUGGUCUUUUAAUUUAUUUUGAUUAUCAACAACGUGAUUGUAACAUGGAUUAUAAACCAACAAUAAAUACCUAUGAUUAUUCACGUUUAUCGACAAAUUCUAAACGUAAUACAUCAUAUUAUCGAUCAACAUUAUCAUUUCGUCAUGAUUCCGAUUCAGAUAAAUUAUUAAAUUCAACUUCUUCACUGACAAAAAAUACUUCAUUAUCAUUAUUAUCAUCAAAUGAUACAAAUCUAUCAUUAAAUUUAUGUGAUAAUAAAAUAAAUAUAAAUAAAGAAUAUUUUUCAUAUUCAUAUUUUAAUUCGAAAUUAUCAAAAUCAUCACAAUUAUAUGCACGUCCUUUAUUUGAUUCAUUAAAUUUAAUUAUACAAAUACUUACUUCAAAUUUACUCGAUUGUAAAACAUAUCGUUUAAAAGAAAUUCAAAAUGAAACAAUCCCAUGUAAUUUUGCUGAUGUGAAUGUUUUUUCAACAAGAAAAUCAUCUUCAAAUCAAUUUAAAAAACAAAUUGAACUUAUAGGACGUUAUUCAACUAUGAAUAAUGUUUAUCAAUCAUGUCAAAUAGAUAAACAAAAAGAUUUAACACCAAAAGAAAAAACUUUAACAUCAAAAAUUUAUUAUAUAACUAGUUUAUUUGAUGAACCUUUUCUUAUGUUACGUAAAAAAACAGUUUUACAUGUAAAUUAUACUCGAAUACAACCAGAUUUAAAUGAAUUACGUGGUCAGAUGUUUAAUUUUGAUGAAGUUGAAGGUUUUUGUGUUGAUUUGGCAAAACAAGUUUGUUCAGUUUUAAAUAUAACAUGUCAAUUUCGUAUUGUACAAGAUGGUAGUUUUGGAAGUAAAAAUGCAACAACAGGCAUUUGGAAUGGAAUGGUUGGUGAAAUUGUCUCUCGAAAAGCAGAUAUGGCUAUUGCACCGCUAACGAUUAGUCAAAAACGUAUGGAAGUCGUUGAUUUUAGUAAACCAUUUAUGAAUUUAGGUAUCUCUAUUAUGAUUCGUAAGCCUGAUGCACAAAAACCAGGUGUUUUCUCCUUUAUGAAUCCUGUAUCAAUGGAAAUAUGGUUAUGUUUUUCAUUGUCAUAUUUUGCUGUUAGUGUUGUUCUUUUUUUAACAUCAUGUCUUGUUAAUACUGGUUGGCGACGACGUGUUGUUCGACGACCAUCCUAUCGUUCAUUUUCAUAUCCAAAAAGUGUUAAUGAUCGACGUAAAAGUGUGAGUCAUUCUCAACGUCAAAAUCGUGAUUCAAAUUUUUCCGAAUCAUCUGUUGAAUUACCAGUAUCAGCUCGAGCAUCAUUACGACGUCGAUCACGUUCUCGAACACGACCUCCACCUGCUGUUAUUCAACCUACAUCAGGUUUUAAUUCAGUUAAAAAACGAAAAAUUAAGAAAAAUGAUGAAAUAAAUGAAGAAUCAAUUCAUUUAUUUGGAAUAUCUAAUGCACUCUUUUUUUCAUUUGCAUCAUUUAUGAGGCAAUCAAUUAAUCUCGUACCAAAAUCAUUUUCUGGUCGAAUUGCAGCUAUAUCAUGGUGGUAUUUUUCAUUAAUUUUUGUUUCAUCAUAUACAGCUAAUCUUGUCGCCUUUCUAACUGUGGAAAAAUUAGUUACACCAAUUGAAAGUGUUGAAGAUCUUGCUAAACAACAAGAAAUAAAAUAUGGUUCAUUAUUAAAUGGUACAACAUCAGCAUUUUUCGAAAAAUCAAAUGUAACUGUUUUUCAACAUAUGUGGAUAAUGAUGCAACGAAGUUCAUCGGAAGUAUUUGUUACAACAAAUGACGAAGGUGUAGCAAAAGUACGAAGUUCAAAAGGAAGAUACGCCUUUUUCAUUGAAUCAACAAAAAAUGAAUAUGUUAAUGAAAGAUUACCAUGUGAUACAAUGAAAGUUGGUUCGGAUCUUGAUUCCAAAGGUUAUGGAAUAGCAACAAGAUUAGGUUCUGAUUUAACUGAAGCAAUCGAUAUAAUUAUUAGUAAUUUACGUGAAUCAGGAUUUUUAGAUAAGCUCAAACAACGUUGGUGGUAUGAACGUUCCGAAUGUUCACAAAGUUCAAAAGAUAAACGUUUUAGUGAAUUGAGUCUCUCAAGUGUAACUGGUCUUUUUUAUAUAUUUCUAUUUGGUAUUAUUCUAUCAUGUGUUAUUGCUUUUACGGAAUUUUUAAUUACAGCAAAAACUGAUUCCGAAACAUUAAAUAUGGGUUUUCGAGAAAUUCUUCGAAUUAAAAUGAUUGAAAAUAUGAUUGGUAUUACAAUUAGUACACAACGACAACUUGAAUUUGGACGAGUUGAUAAUGAAUGUAAUUAUGAAUAUAAUACUGAAGAACAUGAAGAAAUGAUCAAGCCUCCUCCUCCUCCUAUAGAAUAUCAAAUACAAAAACCUCAAACUGAUGUAUAA